AUGAUCGCGACGUCGACGCCGAAUCCCGACGCGAUUAUCAUCACGAGUCUGGCGCCGGCGCCGAAUAUUCCGAAUCCGCGAAACGCGGGCCGCAAAAAGAGUAAUCCGGUUUGGGAAUUUUUCACCGACUUGCGAACGCACGGCCUCGCCGGCGUUCGCUGCCGGUUUUGUCAUUGGGUGACCAACGACAGAAGUCCGACGACGAUGAAAUUCCAUCUGAAACGCAAACACGACACCGGUCCCGGCGGGCUUUGGGCCAUUUGUGAGGAGAAGAUCAAUUCGCAAGCGCCAGCAAACUAUGCGCCAAGAACGAAAAAAACGCCGGAGGACAUGUUUUUGAAGGCGCUCUCGCAACAAUCAGGCUUGUCGUCGUUCAAUCCGUUCGCGACCGCCGAGGUCAAAAUGUCGGCCGGACAAGACGAUUUCCUUGCGGCGCUCAUUCAACAAGCAUCGCAGUACGCCAAUUCGUCGACGUCACCGUCGGCGAAUUCCAAUGAAGGCACGAAUUCGAACGAAAACGAGACGAUCUCGCUGGCCGAUUCGGUGUUUCUCAACAAACUCAACAACAUCUACAAUAAUACGAAGGAGGAGGAUUCGUCGUCGUCGUCGGUCAGCGGAAUCACGACGAACGCCGAUUUCAAUUUGACAGACGGCUCCAGUAUUGCCGCAUUGUUGCAGAUCGCCACCGAUUCGGAUUUGAUAUUCACGUUCAACUCGCGAAAAAUCGGCGAAUAUUGUUUCGAGUCGAAUGUAAAAAAUAGCAAAAUGGUGACGUUGAUCGAUUGCGGCAAUGAGAUUCGUGUGGCGCAACUCGAAAACGACGACGAAAUUCGCGUCGAGAUGUGGCGAAAAAGCGAUUGGCAGCAAUUCACGUGGGCCGUACGUGGAACGUGCCUGCAUUUCCUCAAAGCCGAUGAGACGACGACGACGACGGCGUCCGUCGCCACCGAUUCCGACUAA